UGGAGUAUAGGGACCGUAACAGUUGGGGCUGUAUUUGACCAGGUGUGAUGAAGCCAAGAGAUGAUUCAAAAGGAAACAUCCUCAACUAGGAGGACUUCUCUUUCUGUUCAUAGAAGUAGGUGUCGUUACCAAAUUAUACCCAUUUGUCGAAAUUAAUGGAUCCAUUAUAAGGCGGUUAACCUCCUACGGUGAGCAAACAUUCUUGGCUGUGCUGUCCUAAGAGAGGUUUGACAAUUUUCUCGAUGUUUUCUAUCCGAUUGAAAGCUUUAAUUUGUUCCUAAAUACCUUGAAAAUAUUUUGUAGUGAUAUUAUUUAUCUAAUCUAUAAGUGAGUUAUUAGUCAAAAGAAAAGUUGUUUAAUUGCAAUUUUCUCGUCAGACGUUGAGAAAAUCGUUUUAAUUGAAUCUACAAUCGGGUCACACCUUGUUAACACCAGCAUUAGCCUUGCUUUACAUUCGCUAAUUGUUGAUUUACAUUUGCGACUACAUAGCAUCUUUUAUGGCUGUUGUCCGUGGGUUUAGGGACACUGUAGCCAAUGCUGGAGCAUUUGAUAUAAAACCUGGAGCUUCCAAAGCUCUCCCCAGUCACUCCAACUUCGGACUUCGACUGCAUGCUAGAGAACAAGACACAGAUGCUCCAAGAACCCACAACAAGAACCAUGCGCCAUUACUUUAUCUCUGAGAUGUUACCUGUCGCGAUAAUCACUGCCAUUGUCACGUUAGUGAGCGUGGCUGCUGCAAGACCAUCAUUAAAUUAUUUGGAAAGCCACUUUUCCACGGAGAACGAGUCUGAAGAAGUACGUUCUGCAGCUAUCAAGAGGCUGCUGGAGGUGUUUGGGAUGGAGGACGCUCCUCUCCUCCGGGGCGACAAGCAGCCGCCUCAGUACAUGGUUGACCUGUACAACACUGUCGCAGAUGUGGACGGCGUUACCAAGGACCCCUACAUUCUGGAGGGGAAUACAGUGCGCAGCUUCUUCGACAAACUGCACAGUGAACAAAUUGAGUUCCUGUUCAACUUGUCCAUGGUGUCCAGGAGUGAGAAGGUUCUAACCGCGGAACUCCAUCUCUUCAAGCUGCGGCCUCAGGCUUCUGCGACAUUCAACAGUUAUCACUUCUGUCAGGUCAGUGUCUACCAGCUUCUGGAUAGCAGCAAAAUGAACAUUACUCAGGGGAAGAAGUUGCUGUCUUCCAGACUGAUCCCUGUCCACUCCACUGGCUGGGAAGUGUUCACCAUUACACAAGCUGUGCGUUCCUGGAUGGCUGUUGAGGGCAAUAACCUGGGUCUUCUGGUCACAGUGCAGACCCUGGGAGGAAGCCAGAUGGAUAAGAAGGUGGUGCGUUUUUCUUCGGGCCGUAACCACCAUAAAAGCAAGCAGCCCAUGCUGGUGCUGUUCACUGACGAUGGCCGCCGUGCAGCCGCUCUGGAUAAUACAGUCAAAGAUCCCAAUGAGAGCCCAGCUGUCCCCGGCCUGCCCAACCUCCCCAACGCCCCAGACUUCCACCGCAGCACCCGCUCCCUGGACUAUGACGAGGACGAAGAGAAGAUGACGUGCCAGCGCAUGCCACUCUACGUGGACUUCGAGGAGAUCGGCUGGUCCGGGUGGAUCGUGUCGCCUCGGGGGUACAAUGCCUACCACUGCAAGGGCUCCUGCCCCUUCCCCCUGGGCCAGAACAUGAGACCCACUAACCACGCCACCGUCCAGUCUAUCAUCAACGCUCUGAAGCUGACUAAAGGCAUUGAGACGCCGUGCUGCGUGCCAGACAAGCUCUUCUCCAUCAACCUGCUGUAUUUUGAUGAUGAUGAGAAUGUGGUGCUGAAGCAGUAUGAUGACAUGGUGGCAGGAAGCUGCGGCUGCCAUUGAG